CUGGGUGUGUAAAUAGGUGUGUUGAAGCAUUUCAGAUUCACUAGUGGAAGUCUGGGGGGCGCCCACAGGGGGUGUUUUUAUGGAAGAGGAUGUCAGGAAAAGUUUCAGAAGGGUUGGCCUUUGAGCUGCGUUUUCAAAAGUUUCUUCCAUGUGGCCAAAAGGGGUCUCUUGAAACAGGACAAGGUACUGGUAAAGAAAGGAUGGAGGGCCUGGGGGUGGGGGCGGCUUGGACAGCUGUCAUCCCCUUUGUGACGUUACCUCUGUGACUCUCCACCUCCUGCCUUGCAGAAUUAGGUGUGCCCUUCUCUGGGGCAUAUGGCUGUAUCCUAGCUUUGCAGUGAAUGUUGCUCUCAUGAAGGUGCUGACGGUGAAGGUGGAUGUCCACUAGAGUGUGGUAGCUGCUCACUCAGCCCUCACAGGACAGCAUUGCCUGGGUGAGCCAGCCAGAACUCUGAUUUGUCACAGAUCCGUCUCCCAGGGUUCAGAGCCCCUAAAACCAGAUUUGCUGGCUGCACCUAGCUCACCACCUAGCAUGUGGUCCCCUGUGAAUACUGCGGAAUAACUGAAGCCCCAGGAAGCGCUGGAUAAAGAAUCAGGACCCUGUUAGAAACUGGCGGACCAGUGCUCUGCGCUUCCAACUCCAGCGCCCUGUUCAUUAAGGGUCUGGGGCAGGUUCUCUUGUCCUUUGGCGAGGAUUCUCCAAGGCGUCUCAACACAUGGGCCGGCUCAGAAACGCCAAGAUCCACGUGGAGAGAGCUAUCAAGCAGAAGAAGAUUUUCAUGAUCCAAGGCCGCUACCCUGUGAUCCGGUGCCUUUUGCGCCGGAGGGGCUGGGUGGAGAAGAAGAUGGUCCAUCACUUGGGUACCACGCUGUUACUACCACACAAGGAUCUGGAUAGCUCAGUCAUGGGUGACAGUGACACCACUGAGGAUGAGGACGAAGAUGAGGAUGAGGCAUUCCGGCUACCACAGCUGUUCGAAUUUGAUGAUUUACUGGAGUUUGAUGACCUGCAUGGGACGCACGCUCUGAUGUCGCGCAUGGUUCGGAACGAGAUCCCCUACUUCAUUUGGACCACUCGGCGGGACGUGCUGGACUGUCGCUUCCUCUCCAAGGAUCAAAUGAUAAAUCACUAUGCCCGGGCGGGCUCCUUUACCACAAAGGUGGGUCUAUGUCUCAAUCUCCGGAAUUUGCCGUGGUUUGACGAGGCCGAUGCCGACUCCUUCUUCCCGCGCUGCUACCGCCUGGGGGCUGAAGAUGACAAAAAGGCCUUCAUAGAGGACUUCUGGCUGACAGCUGCCCGCAACGUUCUCAAGCUGGUGGUAAAGUCAGAAUGGAAGUCAUACUCUAUCCAAGCAAAAGAGGAAGAGGCCCCAGGUGCAAAGAAGACUGUCAUGUGUCAGAAGCAUGGGCACAAGGGCCUCAGGUGUGUCAGAACUCCCAAGCACAGAGAGGCUGCAGGAGACAAGCAGCCCAAGAAACAAGAGAAAAAGCCGGUGACGGUGUCCCCAGAGUUUGUGGAUGAGGCUCUGUGCGCCUGCGAGGAGCACCUUAACAGCGUGGCCCACGUGGACAUUGACAAGGACGUGGAGGCUCCACUCUACCUGAGCCCUGAGGGCUGGUCCCUCUUCCUCCAGCGCUACUAUCAAGUGGUCCACGAGGGGGCAGAACUCAGGUACCUCGACACUCAGGUCCAGCGCUGUGAGGACAUCCUGCAGCAGCUGCGGGCCGUGGUGCCCCAGAUGGACAUGGAAGGAGAUCGCAACAUCUGGAUCGUCAAGCCGGGAGCCAAGUCCCGUGGACGAGGCAUCAUGUGCAUGGACCACCUGGAGGAGAUACUGAAGCUGGUGGACGGCUAUCCCAUGAUGAUGAAGGACUGCAAGUGGGUGGUGCAGAAGUAUAUUGAGCAGCCCCUGCUCAUCUUCGGCACCAAGUUUGAUCUGAGACAGUGGUUCCUGGUGACCGACUGGAACCCACUUACUGUGUGGUUCUACCGCGACAGUUACAUCCGCUUCUCUACACAGCCCUUCUCCUUGAAGAACCUGGACAACUCCGUGCACCUGUGCAACAACUCCAUCCAGAAGCACCUGGAGAAUUCGUGCCACCGACACCCACUGCUGCCCUCAGACAACAUGUGGUCAAGCCAGAAGUUCCAGGCCCACCUGCAGGAGAUGGGGGCCCCGAACGCCUGGUCCACCAUCAUCGUGCCUGGCAUGAAGGCUGCGGUGAUCCACGCCCUGCAGACCUCCCAGGACACCGUGCAGAGUCGGAAGGCCAGCUUCGAGCUCUAUGGCGCUGACUUUGUGUUCGGUGAGGACUUCCAGCCCUGGCUGAUCGAGAUCAACGCCAGCCCCACCAUGGCACCCUCCACGGCUGUCACCGCCCGGCUCUGUGCCGGCGUACAGGCCGACACCCUGCGCGUGGUCAUCGACCGGCGGCUGGACCGCAGCUGUGACACGGGGGCUUUCGAGCUCAUCUACAAACAGGUGAGGUGGCUAGGCCCAGGCAGCACCCAGGGAGGCCUUCCCAUAGUGGAGCUCAGGGCUUUGCGGUCACAUAAACCCGGCUCAAGUCAUGGUCCUGCCACAGUGACUGGGUACAGCCCCUUCACCCCCUUGAGCCUCCAUUUCCCCAUCUGUAAGGUGGACAUACUAUAACCAUCUUUCUCCUGGGGUUUGGGAGAUGAAAUGAGUUAACAUGUGUGGAUAAUAUUUCUAGAGAGCCCAGUAGCAUAGUGUUAAAAGCAUAGACUCUGAAACCUCCCUGGGUUCAAAUCCUGGCUCAGAUUGCUAACCUCUAGGGGGUCUCAGUUUCCUUAUUUGUAGAGCGGGAAUGAAAAUGGUA